CCUCAUUUUCGUUAUUAUACGUUCCAUUUUUUUUAAUUUAAUUUUUUUUUUUUUAUUUGAAGGGGGACACAUGAUGAAUCGAGUGCAUUUCUCCUAGCUGCUGCGACCAUGAUUUUUGGUCAAUGCUCGCAUCUUUGUUCUCAUGACAGACUUGCGCUCGUUCAGUGUAAUCCAACCAAAAGGAAAGAGCGGUGAAUCGCCUUUAACUUUGUUGCAUCUUCGACGAUUCCAGCUGCAGCAGGUAGCCUACUUUCUCCACUUGAGGUGUUAAAGCAGCCAUGUGGAGCAGGGACAGCGCGUCUUUAAUUCUCAUCUUCCUGGCGCUCACAGAUCUGGGGAAAAUCAGGUCAGUGAGUGCUGAUGCUUCCGAUGCCAACAUCAACAUCACCCAGUUCACGUUGAUCCUGGACAGACUUUUGGAUGGAUAUGACAACCGUCUACGGCCUGGUCUUGGAGACAGGGUAACUGAGGUGAAGACGAACAUCUAUGUCACCAGCUUUGGACCAGUUUCAGACACCGAUAUGGAGUACACCAUAGACGUUUUCUUCCGGCAAAGCUGGAAGGACGAGAGAUUGACAUUUCACGGACCAAUGAAUAUUUUGCCUCUUAACAACCUGAUGGCCAGUAAAAUCUGGACUCCGGACACCUUCUUCCACAAUGGGAAAAAGUCUGUGGCUCAUAACAUGACCAUGCCUAACAAGCUGUUGAGGAUCAAAGAUGAUGGGACGCUGCUGUACACCAUGAGGUUAACUGUGCAUGCAGAGUGCCCAAUGCAUCUGGAGGAUUUCCCCAUGGACUUUCAUUCCUGUCCACUAAAAUUUGGCAGCUAUGCCUACACCAUUUCUGAAGUGACUUACGCUUGGACUCGAAACGCCUCUGACUCUGUGGUGGUAGAAGGAGAAAGCUCCCGUCUGAACCAGUAUGAUCUGCUCGGGCAAACGGUCGGACAGGAGACCAUUAAAUCCAGCACAGGUGAAUACACUGUGAUGACAGCUCAUUUCCAUCUGAAGAGGAAGAUUGGCUACUUUGUCAUCCAGACGUACCUCCCCUGCAUCAUGACAGUCAUUCUCUCCCAAGUGUCUUUCUGGCUCAACAGAGAAUCAGUUCCAGCCAGGACUGUAUUUGGUGUGACCACGGUUCUCACAAUGACAACACUGAGUAUAAGUGCCCGGAACUCCCUUCCCAAGGUGGCCUAUGCCACAGCCAUGGACUGGUUCAUCGCUGUCUGCUACGCCUUCGUCUUCUCCGCUUUGAUUGAGUUUGCCACCGUCAAUUACUUCACAAAGCGCGGCUGGGCUUGGGAUGGAAAGAGUGUUGUGAAUGACAAGAAAAAAGAGAGGGCAUCUGUUGUCAAGAAGAAUAAUGCCUAUGCUGUAGCGGUGGCCAACUACGCACCCAACAUCACCAAGGACUCCAGCACACUUCCAACCAUUGCCAAAGGCGGUGCUUCCGAUCCCAACAAGCCCAAAGCAGAUGGAAAAGCCCCAGACAGCAAGAAGACAUUCAACAGCGUUAGCAAAAUUGACAGAAUGUCAAGGAUUUUGUUUCCAGUUCUCUUUGGCACCUUUAACCUUGUCUACUGGGCCACCUACCUUAACAGAGAACCAGUUAUAAAGGAUAUGGUUCCCUCGAAUUAGAGGCUUUUCACGGGCUCUGGUCUGGGGACUAACAGACGACCAAAUACCUCCAGCAACUGUGUACACACACCUUUUCAGAGUUGAAGUCCUGGAUUGCAGUUUGACCCUCUGUCUCCGCCUGUUUUCUACACCGUCUGCAGCACUUUUGAAAAGCCUGGCUUUUGUAAAUGUGUAUGUAUAUUUAUAUUCAUGGUUUCAUGGUGACAUAUUGUGUGAUUUCUUCCAACUAGAGUGCAUAUUUCUUUUAACCUAUGUAUGCUUCCAGUUUUACUGUAUGUGGCCACUGUACAUACAAAUCAAAUGAUCAAAUUUACUCAGAGUGAACAUAAACAUGAACGUUUAUUACAUUUUAGUUAAGGUUACUUCUAAAUGUGUUGAAUUUUUGCUGGUAAUGCCACUUUGCUGAUAUUACAGUAUCUAUUUUUUCUGUUUUGAGUGGAAGGGACUGAUUCUAUCACAUUUCUUUCUUUCUGUCUUUGCCAACUAAGAGUGAUCGGACUCUUUUUUUUUCUGUCCAAGCCAAUGCAAAAACACACUUGUAUAAUAUUGUUAACAGUGUAGGAGUUGUUUUAUUAUCUGUGUCUAAAGGUAUGGGGCUGCAAUCAUAAGUCAACUUUUAGAGUUUUUCAGCACUAUUAGAGGACACUGUGGAGCAGAUGAAAAUACUACAUAUCUGACCUACACUGACCUAUUGUUGUUUUGUAAAGGUUUUUUUUGUCUUUUUUUGGAAUACAUAUUAGAGUAUAAGACACAUGUUUACACACUCACUCCAACACUGCCACUUUAUUUUCAACUCUGUUUUUGUCUCCACCUGCUUGUGAUGAAAAAUAUCAGGUUAAUUGGUUAUUAUUUAGUUUCUAUCAUAAUGUCUGUUGGUGUUGCAUGAGUAGCACCGUACACUUUUUUUACAUGUUUCUGCUAAAUUUAUAGUCCUGCUGAUGGAUUCUACAUUAAUAAGCAGGAAUUGCACUGAAAAGGCAAAAAUAAACCCGUGAACUGUUGAGCAGGGCAGCAGUGUCUUUUCUAACAGUGACAAAGGAAUGACAGCAAAGAAAAAGGAACAUAAAAUGAAUUGCUUCUGGAUUGGACACUGAUACUAUGAAGUCCAGUUCAAGCCAGAGGUUUGCACCAGGUUUAGCUGUAACUGUAACUGUAACUGAACUAUUACUGCAGUGAUCUGCUGCUUCAGA